UGUCGAGGAAAUGAUGCAACGCAUUGAGAAGUGGGAAUGCAACGGUCGACUGCAAUUGCAAUACCAUUUCAGUACACAACACAAACACCAAACCACAUUUCUUCUAUAUAACAUUAUUCUAGGGAUUGUUGUUGUUGUUGUUCUCUUGUCCAAAAAGAAAAAAAAUGGUGGCAGCAAUAGCAUACGAGGAGAGUCGCCGCAAGAGAGUGGAGGAGAACAAGAAGAGGAUGGAAGCCCUCAAUCUUCCCCUCCUCUCUCAAGCUCUUCAGAAAUCAUCCCCUUCUCCCAAAUCUUCACCGCUGAAGCAGGUAAAACAUCGCGCCAUUCAGAAAGAGGUGGUUGUCGUCAGAAGGUCAAGUCGUGUGGCAAACUUGCCAUCUCCUGUUUACAAAGAAAUAGUUAUUGAUCGCGUGACAAUGCCUAGAAGAAGCCUUUGUAGGAGUUAUGAUAAGUACAGGGAUUAUGCGAAUCGGGUCUAUGCCUCAGAUGAGGCCAGAGAGGAAGCAUUGGAGAAAGCAGAAAAGUUAAUGUCCGGUUUAGAAUCAGAAUAUCCAGCCUUCAUAAAGUCAAUGCUCCAGUCCCACGUGAGCGGCGGAUUCUGGCUGGGCCUUCCAGUCCACUUCUGCAAGAGCAAUCUUCCAAAAAAGGACGAAGUGGUGACUUUGAUUGAUGAGGAUGGGACUGAGUAUUCGACAAUAUAUUUGGCAGGAAAAACAGGACUUAGUGGUGGAUGGAGAGGUUUUGCGAUUGCUCAUGACUUAGCUGAUGGGGAUGCUUUAAUUUUUCAAUUAAUUAAGCGCACCACAUUCAAGGUUUACAUUGUUAGAGCAAUUUGUCCUCCGGAUGAUAAACAGCUCGAGUGAAUUGCAGUUGGAGAUUGGAGCCAGUAAAAUUAAUGUUUGUUAGUCCUGGGGCUUUUGGACAUCAAUAAGACUUUAGGGAUGAAAAGUUAAGCAACAACUUUGUAAUGUUAGAAAGGAUAUGCACUUGGAGACCUAUAUAAAUUAAAUGACACGGAUUGCAUAAGAAAAGACAUACAGGGGAAAAAUAGAAAACAAUGAAUCUUUUUUGAGGUUCAGGAUGAGAGAAUUGGCGAAGCCAAUUUGGUACUCUGUUGGCCUUUACGAUUAUAGGCAUGCUAGACACUAUGCACCAUCCAUUGGUUAAGUCAAUUAUAUAUGUGUAUUGUAUAGACUCUAGAAUGGCAUUAUAUAUGUGUAGACUCUAGAAGAUGUCUAGACUCUAGAAUGGACUAGGUAUUGUAUAGCAAUUAUAUAUGUGUAUUGGAGAAACUAAUGGCAUUAGGUUCUGGAAGAGAUCAUUGCCAUUUGAUAAUUUUUAAAGGUAAAGCGAUGCCUAUGAAUAUACACUGGGUGAGAAAAUGUCAAGGGGAUGAUGCUUAAGAUAUACCUAAGCAAGGCUUACUAUGAUACUUGAAAACAUUAAGAUUGUAAACGGUGUAGUUUUUUAACCACAUUUAUUUUCUUAAAUUGGGUUUUUAUUGAAGAAGUGAACAUAUUGUAAUCAUAUAUUGAGUUUCUUAGUUGCUUCCGAGGGUUAGGGGGCUAAGGUUAGGCACGCUAAAUUCCAACUUUUUCCAAUCACAUUCUGUCCGGUGGUUGCAAUCAUAGUCAUAUAUAUUAAAUUUUUUUGUUUGUCGUCUUAAUGAGACAUGUGGGUCUUAUGCUUAUGUCAAAGGGAUUGUUAUAGAUGGUUCCAUUUUUGUCUUAAAUCAACGUUGUUCGUAUUUGAGUCUUGAAGCAGUGAAAGUUUUCUUGUUUCAGCUUUAAAUUAAUUCAAUUAUUUCUGCUGGGAUACUGCCAGAGUAGCAUUUGAGUGCAGCUUUAUUUAGGCUCUCUAAUGAAUGCAUUAUUUAU